CACAAAAAUUAGCCACAUUUUCGAACUAUCAUGGCGUCAAAUUUGAACACUCCGGCCGAUUUCCUUACUCGGAAAGGUGCAGAAAUGCUGAAGGCAAAUUUUGAAGAUAAAGUAGAUUUACUGCCUCCCUCAGCAUUUGGUUCAGCAGCUGGGAAUGAUGGAUGGAAAGAACUUGCUGAGGCAACCAAAGAGGUCCUGCAACUCAAACUGGAGAACCAGAGACUCAAGGAAACACCAAGCAUACCUAUUAUAAUGCCGGCCCCAGUUCAGGACAUUCGUGUAACGGAGGAACACAAACAUCUUCCUGAUGUGGAUCGGCGAUACAUUGAUGAGUUACUGAUGAAACAGGCUUCUGAGAUUGGUGACCUUAAGAAGGAGCUGCAACAGGUCAAGGUCACACAUCGUGAGGAGGUCACCAAACUGGAACGAGACUAUGCCAUCACAGAGAAAAAGUAUAUACAGGAAGUUGCCUCAUUGGAAACAGAGGUCAAAAGUCAAGAGGAUAGAUAUAUAUCACAGGUUAGUCGUCUUAGUCAGGAGCAUGACGAGGAGAAAGAAGAGUUGAAUCAUGAAGUGGUAAAACUGAAAGACGAACUCAACAGCCUCGUCAAAAGGUCAGCUACACGAGUUUCCAACCUUGAGUCACAGCUAAAGGCAAGUGAGGAAAACUUAUCUGUCACCAAGGUCACCCUGGAUAAAGAGUUACGGUCCAGGGAUUACACUGUGGAUAAUCUACAAAAACAAAUCGCUCAGCUGAAAACCUACAUAGGAGACUCGGAGCGUACUCACAAACCUGUGGAAGUCUGGAGAAAGGAAAAUGACACUCUACGCAACAAAAUACAGAUUUGUGAAGCAGACCGUGACAACCUUCAGUCUAACCUCCAGCUCCUUAAUAUUCGCUUGUCAUCAUUAAAUGAGAUACUGAGUGUGCAGGAAACGGAACUCUCUCGGACGACGAAGGAGAAGUUUGACAAAGACCAGAGGGAAAAUCUACUUACCAGAUGGCGGGAAAAAGUGUUUGCUCUUCUUGUGCAGCAGAAAACGUCGGAGAUGAUGCAGAAAAAGAAUGAUUACAAUUGGAAGGAAAAGCUGUCAGACCUUCAGGACCAGAUGAUGUCAGUCAGUAGUCAGAAGGAUGUACUGGCUCACUCAUUAUCAGACGUUAAGGCUCAGCUCGACAUCGAAUCUAACAAUAACAAGAGGCUACAACAGGAGGCAGACGAGACCCAGAAGGUGGCGGUCAUGCUUGACCAGCAGCUGUCUCAGGACCGGGAGUCAGUGGACAGACUGGUCAAUUUCUCACGGAGUAUCACCUCCGCCAUGGACACCAAGCUCCAGCCACUGACAGCUGCCUUAGUAACACUCCAAAGAUACGGUCAGCGGAUCAACUUUGCCAGCGGCCGCGUGGAGAUGUUACAAGGUCUGUAUGCCCGCCGUGAUGCUCUGCUACAGAGAAAGACUGAAGAAGUUGAGAAGCAGACAGGGGAUAGAAAAGGGGAGAUAACUACAACGGACAGUGCGAAUCACUUACAAGAAGAACUGGAUCGUGUGAUCAGGGAGCGUGACGCAUUGGCGGUUCAGCUGCGACAAGACAGUGAGACCUGGGAUGAGCGACUACAAACGGCCACGGCAACAUAUCAGGAGGAGAUCACCAGCCUCAGAAAGACAGUAGAGGAUCUAGAGUACAUCACACAGGAGAAAUCACAGAGAACGACAGACCUAAGUGAGAGAUGUGAAGUCCAACAGAGAGAGUUGGAGGAGAUGUCGGAGAGGAUCGAGGCCCUGAACACGACCCUGGCACAGCAGGAGAUUAGGUCCACACAAGCAUUGUCAGAGCAGAAGACAUUACUGCAGACAGAAACAGCAGAGGAGCUAUCUGAAGUAAAUCGCAAACUUGAUGAUGCUCGAAGAGAACACACAAAAGCAGUUGUUGCCCUAAGACAAUUAGAGCGCCAGUCUAACAGAGAGAAGGAACGGUCAGCAGAACAUCUGGUCACUGUGGAGACACAUUACACUAAACAUAUCGCCCAGUUACAGCAGCAACUACAGGCACUGGAGAAAGACAGAAAUCUCAUGAUGGCCACAUUGAGACAGGAAGGACUGAUAGGCAAGGUCAAGGCCACAAGGUCAGAACCCAUCACCAACGAAGUCGAGGUCCCAAUGAGAAAGGCAGUGAUCUCACCACCAACAUUGGAGGAGGCAACAGACAAGGAAACAACAGAUGAACCUCUGGAGUCUGUGUUGGAGGAUCUCAAGGCCCUGACUUCUGCUGUACUCAAGGAGAAUGCUUCAGAUUCUGACACAGAUGAUUGAUCUCAAUAGAACACACCUUAGCGUUAACUGUGAUAUAUAGAAACAUGGCACGUCAUUUCGUGUGUAUUAAUGGAUGGAGAUACCGGUAUCUCAAGCUCAGACCAGGGACGUCAUUUCGUGUGUAUAGAUACCCGUACCUCCAGCUCGGACCAGGGACGUCAUUUCGUGUGUAUAGAUACCGGUAACUCCAGCUCGGACCAGGGACGUCAUUUCGUGUGUAUAGAUACCCGUAUCUCCAGCUCGGACCAGGGACGUCAUUUCAUGUGUAUAGAUACCCGUAUCUCCAGCUCGGACCAGGGACGUCAUUUCGUGUGUAUAGAUACCCGUAUCUCCAGCUCGGACCAGGGACGUCAUUUCGUGUGUAUAGAUACCCGUAUCUCCAGCUCGGACCAGGGACGUCAUUUCGUGUGUAUAGAUACCGGUAUCUCCAGCUCGGACCAGGGACGUCAUUUCGUGUGUAUAGAUACCGGUAUCUCCAGCUCGGACCAGGGACGUCAUUUCGUGUGUAUAGAUACCCGUAUCUCCAGCUCGGACCAGGGACGUCAUUUCGUGUGUAUAGAUACCCGUAUCUCCAGCUCGGACCAGGGACGUCAUUUCGUGUGUAUAGAUACCCGUAUCUCCAGCUCGAACCAGAAGCCAGAAAGUUCCUUGCUGUAGAUGUGGAUGUUUUAUAUCAAGCUGAGGACCUUUUUGGGGGAAGAUUUAUUUUGAAGUAGGUAGGAUCUAAUAAAUCACUAGAUAUGGUAUACAUACAAUAUAUCUAUAGGGAGCUUCUCCAGUCUGUAACAUUUACUACCAGUUAGGGUGUAUAUCAUAAAUUGGGCAUUUACAUAAUAUACUUUACAUAUAUAAACACUGCCACAGAAAAUGCUGUUUUGUUUGGGUAAAUGUGAUUAUUGAUAGAAAGAUGCGAUAGAGAAUGAAAUGAAUGGUGUAAAGAUGUGAUAAUGUAUAGAAUGAGAUAUAUGAUGUAAAGAUGUGAUAAUGUAUAGAAUGAGAUUGGUGUAAAGAUGUGAUAAUGUAUAGAAUGAGAUUGGUGUAAAGAUGUGAUAAUGUAUAGAAUGAGAUGUGUAUAGAAUGAGAUAUAUGGUGUAAAGAUGUGAUAAUGUAUAGAAUGAGAUUUAUGGUGUAAAGAUGUGAUAAUGUAUAGAAUGAGAUAUAUGGUGUAAAGAUGUGAUAAUGUAUAGAAUGAGAUUUAUGGUGUAAAGAUGUGAUAAUGUAUAGAAUGAGAUUGAUGUAAAGAUGUGAUAAUGUAUAGAAUAAGAUAUAUGGUGUAAAGAAUUUAUUUCAGCAUCAGUUUGUGUUCAAGGUAUAAAUUAAAACAUGUCACGUUUUAAUUGUGAAAAUAUUAUGAUUGUGUUUGUAACUGUAAGGAAGUAUUAAUUUUCAAAAUUUAUUUUAUCUAGUUAAACUGAUCAUGAUAUUGAAAUAUAUCUACUUUGCAUGUUU